GCUGUUUGAAUUUGAUGACUUCCUAAAGUUUUAACGUUCUAAAGAACCUAGCAUCCCGGCAUCAUUGUGAACCUUAUCAAGCCCCAUCGUCCCACUAUUUAUGGAUGCACAGCCACAUCUCCAAACAGAUUGCUCUUGCCUUCUGGUAAAUAGAACUUCUAUUCCGGAGCCUUAAGCUAUACCACCUAGUAGUUCAUCGAAUCUUUACUGCUGCCUAAUCUCAGAACAUCGACAUUAAACGGCUCUGUUUUCGGUAGCUAGGGUUUCCAGUUUAUUAACUGCGAAGAUGUCUAACCCAGCUCAACGAAUAGCGAUAAAAUUUGGCGCCUCGUCCUCGUCCUCGUCCAAGCCGACCAACGGAUCAAAAAGACAGACUCGCGCGCAACCAUCUUCGGCAUUAGGUAAACGCCACCGGGCCCAACCACACAACCAGAAUUUUGAUUCACAUUCUGAUUCGGAAAGUGGCGAAGAAGCCGGUGCUAGACAUGAGGCUAUAACGACUUUUGGCGGAGAAUCGUCUGAUUCAGAUAAUUCCGAGGCUAAGAGACAGAGGGUAGGAACAGAUAAGUCUAGGCGCGGCAUCGUGCCCUAUGUUAUCUCUGGUCAUCAAGAUCGCGACUGGAAGAAGGAGUUAAAAGCUCGGACCCAGCCCCGGGGGGUGAAGGAAGCGCGAUCUAGCGACCUCAAAGAGACAGUGCCAGCCGACCAAGACAGUCAGAUUAAGUGGGGUCUGAAUAAUACGGCGAAGAAGCCAAUAUCUAGCGAUGCCGAACAAUUUGACGACAGUCAUUUGAAACGGGAGAAAUCUGCGUCAUCUGAAUCGCAGAAAACCUCUCGAGAUGCGGGCCUCAAUAUUUCGCAGAGCGACGAUAACGAUGCCAUGGAUGCUCUUCUCGGGAAAAAGCGAAAGUCUGCCAAAGACCUUAUCAUCGAAGCACAUAAUACUCCCGAAGCCCCUUCCGAGAUCGAUGUAUACCGUCGCCGAAUGGAGGAGGCGGCAGAAGUGUCGACUGUCGAAGAGUAUGGUCAGAUACCUGAAGGGGAAUUUGGAAUUGCUAUGCUUCGCGGCAUGGGUUGGAAUGGCGAACAGCGCGGCAACAAGCCCAAGGAAGUCAAGAAACGACCUAAUUUGUUAGGUCUUGGCGCGAAGGUUGACGAAGAAAUCAGGAAGGGGGAACUAGCUCAGAAACAUGGGCAUCGUGAACGAAAGCCCCGUCUAGAUGAGUAUAGGAGGGACAAGGAAAAGGAAAGACGAGACCGCGAAUCGCGUCACGGUAACAGCUACAAGUCCGAGCGUGAGCGCGAACGACAAGAUCGCGAUUAUAAUACCAGUUCUAGUCGUCACGACCGAGACCGGACCAGUCACAGGUAUUCCGACCGAGGCCCCAGGCGUUAAUAUCUUGAUUUGUGUUCGAUCAACUUUGAUAGCUAUAUGCGCCAUCUCGUUGCCGUCUUGCUACAACAAGCUAUGUUGGCCAUUUUGGGGCGAGUCAUUGCGCAAUUUAGAAUCCACAACCUCCCGAGUUCUAUGUGUUUGCUCAAUUCGAGCCACACUGAAUGAAAUCAAGUAGAGCAGCAUGGUUUACGGCUCUAGGGCUCGAGGUGGAAUGUGUCAGGAUAAAGCCCUCUCAGGAGUUCUUGCCUGCGUGGCCAUUCGCAUGUAAGUUACCUUGCUGGAGAAUAUGGAUUGUAGCUAUUAUCAAUGCAAUGC